CUUCGAUAACAAUGAUGUUUUUGUGGUAGAGGACAAGAAUCUCGUUUUAGAUAGUUCAUUCGAGGAAGAAACUGGUGACUGGUAUGAUUGUGGCCGGAAUGGUUUCGAAUACUAUUACUUGGAGGGUCGUACAGGCAAUCAAUCGGCACGAGUGAAUGGUGCCGGCGAAGGAAUCUCCGACUGGCACGGGUAUGUUCAGAACUAUUAA